UGGAUAUUGAAAAGUCUGAUAAGCCCCCGCUAUGCCGACAGCUACUCCGCAAACUUUCAAAAAAAAAUGGAAAACGCACCGCGUUCUAAAGUCUUCAUAGCGAAUGUCAACAGAUAUGAUCAGCUUCACAUAGCCCAUUUCCUGUCUCAAUCGCCAGUAGGAACAUCUUCCAAAGCUGAAGAGGAAGAAGCUAUGGAAGAAGAAGACAGGGACAACCUAAAGAAAAUUCCAAAUCUUCCAACGUAUUCAAUUUAUGGAACUAUAGAUGAGGGGACAACAGAAGUACCAGGAUUCGUAAAAGUCAUAACAAUGGAUGAAAAACGACAAAAUUAUGUGAAAAAGUUAUGGAAUGCGAUUAUAUUAUUUACAACAUCAAAGAUGAUCAUGCGGUCAUUGAUGAUGCUUUAUGGAUGUUGGACAGACUUCAUGAUAAUCUUGAAAACUUUACAGCACAGAAAAUAUUUAUUCUCAUAUCUUCAGUGCUUACAUGGGCAAAAAGUUCAUUUCCAGAUCCAAACGAUCCUGAAAUGCCAUUUACUGACGAUGAUUACUUAAGAAGAAAGGCUCAUUCUAAUUACAAAGAACAUAUAUUAGCUGAGAAAUCUGUUGUGCAGCAAGGAAAAACAAACAAACUGAAGCUGCUUACAUAUGUGAUCGCAAGUGGUGUCACAUAUGGAGAGAUGGAAAAUGUCCUUCAUUAUUUCUUCAAGGCGGCAUGGAAUAAUGAACCAUUUCUACAAUUCCCAGGUGAUGGACAUAACAUUGUACCUACAAUACACUUACGUGAUUUAACCAGUAUUUUACAGUCAGUCAUGGAGAUGAGACCUGUGAAACAUUAUAUUCUGGCGAAAGAUGAUUCUCAAAAGACAUUACGUGAAAUAGCUAAGGCUAUUUCUGCAAGUAUGACAACAGGUAAAGUAAAAUCGAUAUCUAAAGAAGAGGCCCUUUUUUGUAGAGAUUUAGCGCAAAACCAUAUUGAUCAACUUCUCGUGUCACUUCGCAUGGAUGCUGUUUACGUUAAAGAAAAUCUUCAAAUAAAAUGGUGUUAUGAAACAGGAUUAGUUGAGAAUAUUAAUCUAAUCACGAAAGAAUACAAAUUAUCUCGUCAGUUAGUGGUAAGUUGA